AGCUUGAUUGAGCCAGGUCAUUUUUUUUUGGCCCGGCUCGAAAAAUUUAAAGUAUAUUUUGCUUGUUCAACCUUGAUCCAAACUUCGAAAAAGUAUUAAUAUUAAAAAAAAUAAAGUUGAAGCUAAUUUAUAUCAGUAAAAAUUAGUUGUUGUAAAAAAACUUCCAUUGCUCACUCUCUUUAAAACCAACAAAAUGUUUCCACAUCAUCUAAUACAACGAGGGCGGGCACCCUUAUUCUAUUUAAUAUUAAAAAACUUCCAUUUAAUACAUCAUUUGUUAACGAAACCCUGUAUUCUAUUCUUAUUCUACUUCUUGUCCUUGAGUUAUAUAGUCCAUAUUGACGCUUAGCCCCCUCUAUGGACCGGACGGGCUGAUUUAGCCCGGGAAACCCCGUAUGCCGCCGUUGAAGCGAGCGGUCACCGACAUUUUGAAUUUCCCGCGCUCCCCCUUAAUCGCUGCACUCUCUUCAACGUCAAUUUCUCGCUCUCCAACCGAAAGCCUCACCUCACUCCACCAAGAUGCGCCUCCCCUUGUCGACCCCAUCCAUUCUCCUCUACCCUCUCUUCCAUUUCCCAUGGAGAACCCUCAGAGAGCUUUUCUCGGUCUGCUAAAAGAUUCCUCGGGAACCACAACAACCCUUUCCGACGUCGAACUUCUCCAUUCCAGAGCAAUCAAGGUAGGCUUAGCUCGAGAUGGGCAGGUGGGCCCCGGUCUUCUCAAUCUCUAUGCCAAGUGCAGCUGUUUAGAUCUUGCACACAAGUUGUUCGCGGAAAUCCGUGAAAGAGAUGUGUUUGCAUGGACUAUUCUGAUCUCGGGAUUCUCUAGGAAUGAAGAGUAUGAAACGGGGUUGAGACUUUUUAUCCGCAUGCUAACUGAGGGGAUUUUGCCUAACCGCUUUACUCUCGCUAGUGUUUUGAAGUGUUGCAGGGGCUCCAAUAAUCUUAAAAUGGGUAAGGGGAUCCAUGGAUGGAUUAUAAGGAAUGGGGUUCGACUGGAUGUCGUGCUGCAGAAUUCGAUUCUUGACUUCUAUGCCAAAAGUAGUACCUUUGAAUAUGCGGAGAGAGUUUUUGAAAUGAUGAAUGAGAGGGACGCUAUUUCAUGGAAUAUUAUGAUUGGUGCUCAUUUACAGAAUGGAGAUAUUGAUGGAUCGAUGAAAAUCUUUAAGAUGUCGCCCCUUUGUGAUGUCUCGAGUUGGAACACCAUUAUUAACGGGCAAAUGCAGAACAGGUUGGAUAUGAAUGCCCUGCAAAUUCUCUACCACAUGGUGGAGAUUGGGCCUAAGUUUAAUCAGUUCACUGUCUCUAUGGCAUUGGUAUUAGCUGGUAAAUUAGCUCUGCUGGAAUUGGGAAGGCAGCUUCAUGGCCAAAUACUAAGAUUUGGGUAUGAGCAUGAUGCAUUUGUUAGGAAUUCACUCAUAGAUAUGUACUGCAAGUGUGGCAAAAUUGAAUUUUCGUCAAUCAUUUUCGAUAGUUCAUCCCAGUGUAUUGAUGGUCUAAUGCCAAAAACAAUUGCAUGGAGCUCUAUGGUUUCUGGGUAUGUGCAAAAUGGUAGGGGUGAAGAAGCACUGGAGCUCUUCCGUAGGAUGUUUCAUGAAGGAGUCAAGGUGGACCAAUUCACUCUCACAAGCAUCGCUGCAGCUUGUUCUGAUGCUGGAAUCUUAGAGCAAGGCAGGCAGGUGCAUGCCUGUGUUGAAAAACUAGGCCAUGGAUUUGACACCUUUCUGGCAUCGGCUAUCACUGACAUGUAUGCUAAAUGUGGUAGCUUGGAAGAUGCCUGUAAAACUUUUAACAGCUUUCAUAGUCAAAAUGUUGUGCUGUGGACUUCUAUAAUAGGCUCUUAUGCUUUGCAUGGGCAGGGGAAGGAGGCCAUUCAGCUUUUUGAAAGCAUGCUGCAGGAUAAGAUAAUGCCAAAUGAGAUAACCUUUGUGGGGGUUUUGUCAGCAUGUAGCCAUGCUGGUUUGGUUGAAGAAGGCUAUAAGUAUUUCAGAUCGAUGCAAGAAGAUCAUGGCAUAGUUCCAGAUAUCGAACACUACACUUGUAUGGUUGAUCUCCUUGGUCGAGCUGGUUUGCUUGAGAAGGCAAAAGACUUCAUUCAUGAAAACAACAUCAGCCAUCACACUGUUGUCUGGAGGACAUUAUUAUCAGCUUGUCGAGUGCACAACAAUAUAGAAAUGGCAAUACAGGCUUCUGAACAACAGGUUCGAUUUGAACCAUGUGAUCCUGGAUCUUAUAUAUUGCUAUCACAUAUCCAUGCCGCGAAGAGGAAAUGGGGACAGGCUUUCAAACUGAGGAACUUGAUGCAGGAGAGAGGGAUCAGAAAACAACCAGGUCAAUCUUGGAUUCAGUUGAAGAACAAGAUUCACACAUUUGUUGUGGGGGAUAGGUCACACCCCCAGACAGAUGAGAUAUAUUCUUACUUGGAGUACUUAAUUGGGAGAUUGAAGGAAUUAGGGUAUUCAAGUAGAACAGACUUGGUUCUCCAUGAUGUGGAAGAAGAACAAAAAGAAUCAGCUCUAAAUUACCAUAGUGAGAAGCUUGCUAUUGCUUAUGGGAUCAUUAGCACUCCUGGUGGAUCGCCUUUAAGGGUCAUGAAGAAUCUGCGUAUCUGUGUAGACUGUCAUGAGGCUAUCAAAUAUGUUAGUCAAGCCACAGGCAGGGAGAUCAUUGUUCGAGAUACUUACCGAUUUCAUCAUUUUAAGGAUGGCAAAUGCUCGUGUGGGGAUUACUGGUGAAUGGAGCUCGAUUAUGUUAUACCUGGCAAAGCUUGCCAUCAAGAUACUAGAAGUUUUGAUCUUGUAGUGGACUGAC